AUGACUGCCAAGGCCACUGCCGCUGCGGCUACGGGGCCCCCGGGGGCCCCUGGGGCCCCACGGGCCUCCACGCUCACUUUGUGUGGGCAAGAGCUGCAGCAGCAGCAGCAGCAGCAGCAGCAGGAGCAAGUUCAGGAGCAGCAGAAGCAGCUGCUGCUGCUGCAGCAGCAGCUGCAGCAGUACCAAAUGAGGCUCAGGCGGAGGUGCCCCUUGGGUACUGUUGGCUGCGAAUGCGCGGAAGUUGACGCUGCAGUUGACCUGCUGACAGCAGCAGGAGAUCCUGCUGCUGCUGCUGCUGCUGCUGCUGCUGCUGCUGACGACUCACCAUCAGCAGCAGCAGCGGCAGAGCCAGCAGCAGGAGCAGCAGAAGUAGCAGCAGCUCGAAAGCUACUGGACCGCUUUGUGUGGCGGCGUGGGUCCUGGCGUCGCUGCAUUGCAGCUGUUGCUGCUGCUGCUGCGCUGCAGCAGCAGCAGCAGGAGUGCCCUGCGCAGCUGCCGCUGCUCUUUGCUUGUUCAAACAGCAGCAGCAGCAACAGCGCAAGCAGCAGCAGCAGCAGCAACAGCGCAAGCAGCAGCAGCAGCAGCAGCAACCAAUGUAGACCAGCCUUUGGACCCUCCAGUUUCGAAGCUGAAGGUGCAAAGGCUUCAGCAGCAGCAGACGCUGCUGCUGCUGCUGCUGCAGAUGGCGCAGCAGCAGCAGCAGCAGCAGAUGGUGAUGCAGUAACAGCCGCGGCAGCGAGCGCCACCUCUGCAGCAGCAGCAGCAGCAGCAACAGCAGCACCAGAUAGCGGCUCAGCAGCAGCAGCAGGAGCAGCAACAGAGAGCAGCACAGCAGCAGCAGCAGCAGCAGCAGCAGCAGCAAGAACGCGAAAACUUCUGCUGGGGCGCUGCAUAUUUGCUGCUCGGGCGCUGCGGCUGCUGUCCCGGAAAAGCCUGCCGUGGCUGCAGGUGCCCCCGCUUGCUGCUGACGCUGCUGCUGCUGCUGCUGCUGAUGCAGCAGCAGCAGAAGUGGCAGCAGCAACUCUCGAGCCGCCCGUUCACAACAACUUGGAGUGUGUCUGUAUAGACACCCAGCAGCAGCAGCAGCUGCCGCAGCAGCUGCUGGCAGCAGAGCCUGUGGGGCCCUCGCUGCUGCUGCACCGCAGCUGCGUCUCCCUCAUCGAAGCCUGCUGGUCCUGCUGCUGCAGCAGCAGCAGCAGCAGCAGCAACGCGUGGAUUCCUCCCCUUGCUGUCUUGGAGGAGCUCAGCAGCAGCAUAUCAGAGGGCGCAGCAGCAGAGCCCGCUGCGGCGGUGCAUGCGUUUGGUGGCUCUGGGGCUGCAGCAGCAGCAGCAGCAGCAGCACGACGAAGAGGUCUUGCUGCUGCACCGCCACCUGCUGCAGCUGCUGCUGCUGCAGCACAUCAUCACAGCAGCAGAUGA